AUGGCGAAAACCUCCAAGACCGUCCCACAAAAGGAGAAGGCUUCUUCCUCUUCUUUUCGUCCGGCCGGUGAUAAAACGCCAGUGGAACUGCUCCCUCACGAGUAUGUUCCCGGUCCUUGUGUCUUAAAAUCCGACUUCAAAGUCGAGAAUUCUCCAUCGGUCCCUGGCCGAUGUGAACAUGUGUCGAGAUACAUCUGCUCGAUAAAGGCGGGAAAUCUCGAGAUGCCUCACGCGGUCCCCGACCUCGAAGAUUGGGUUCGGAAGUUGGCCUUGACUUCCUCCCAUGCCGACCGCUGCUGGCAUGACUUGUCAAGGGGCAGAUGGGAGGCCAAGAAUCAUGAGGUGACUCCCAAGCCGGCUAAGGACAAGAAAAGGAGAAGGGCCUCACCUUCUGAUACCCCGAAGCCUAAGAAGAAUAAGGCUCGUAAGUCGAAGGACGACUCCGCCGCUCUAUCUGCCGACGUAGCCCAAAAGUUACGAGAUGAAGAAGAGGAGGGGGGAGAUGCUGGUUGUGAGCUGGUGCCUCGAAAGAGGGGAAGCGUCGAAGCUUCAAAAGCAGUUGGGCUGGUGAUGGUCGAGGAGACUCACCCUCGAACCGAGGAGAUCUCGGAAGGUGCUCCGAGCAAAGUCCCUGAGUCAUCGGGGGCCGAAGAUAUUUCCUGCCGUGAUGAACAACCGGCGAGAGUGCCCGAAGGGUCCGGUUCUGGGGCUUUUCAGAAGGGAGAGAGUGCCCCAAGUGACUUUCUUGGGGCAAUCAAUAUUGAUUAUUCGCCGCCCGGCCCUGAAUUUUCUGAAGGGCAAUUUCAGAAGGCUCGAUCUAUGGAGACCCCCAAUGUUGUGAUGCUUCAUCGGGAAGCGUUCACCAAAUCCCAAACCGAGCUGAACCGGUGUGAGGUCGAUCUCAAAAGGCUUACUGAGGAGAGAGACGCCCUCAAACGCCUCUAUGUGCAGAAAGAAGAGGAGAUUAGGGACCUCCGAGCAGACUUGGCCCAGGCUCGUAAGGAAGAGGCUGAGCUAGACGAGCAGGUAACUAUCCUUUUGAAAGAGUACGGUCUCGACCCAACUGUAGAGGCUAAUACUUCAAUAUCUCAGUUGCAGCAAAAGCUGGAAAGGAUCGAGCUGCUCCGGGGGGAAGUCGAUCAAAUCAAAGCUGACUGUGAUCGGUGGAACGAGAACAUGGACCACCUUGCUGCGGAGAAAGAGUCUACCUUGGCCAAACUGUCAUCGGCCGAGGUCCAACUUCGGAGCAUUAAAGAGAAAAGCUCAGCCCAGGCCAAAAGGAUCGAGGAGCUUGAAGCCGAGCUUGCGGAGGCCGGGAAGACAAAGACCAUGGCUAAUAAGUCCAUAGCCGUGUACCUGGCCGAUGCCGAGGCUGCUCAAACGGAGACCCUCGAGGAAAUCCAUGCUCGAGGUUUUGACCUCUCCAAAGAGAUAGCUCAAGCUAAGGCGCUUGAAGUUGAUGCCGGGUUGCUUGUCUCCUCCGAUGAUGACGAUGAUGAUGAAGGCAGCCAAGGCGGGUCUGAUAACGACGAGGGGCCCGAAGGAGAAGCUGCCCCUGAAGGAGAAACCAGCCCCGGGCAUAGUUAG